AUGGCUCAAUACAGUGCUAAAGUUUCUGAUCUUCCGAAUCCAUCAUCGGACACUGUUUCUGAGCUUGCAUUUAGUAGCAUGCACGGACUGAUGGCAACAUCAAGCUGGGAUGGGACGAUCAGAACGUAUGAUUUGGAAAAUCCAUAUAGUGGAAGCAAUAGGGUUGUGAGCUUGAGCAAGCCUCUGCUGACGUGCUGCUUCAGCAAAGAGAAUCCGUCGUUGGUGUUUGCAGGCGCAGUAGAUGGGAGCUUGCAAAUGGUGGAUUUGCAGAGCAAUCAAACAUCUUUUUUUCAGGCACACAGUGCAGGUAUAAGAUCUGUAAGAUACUUUUCAAACAUGGUUGUUACCGGAUCGUGGGACAAGACAGUUAAGUUUUGGGAUGUCAGGUCGUCAAAACUUGUGUUUUCGCUAGAUCUUUCUGGAAAAGUGUAUGCCAUGGAUCUUGAGAAAGAAUUGCUGGCGAUGUCUCUCUCUGGAAACGAAGUGGCUACAUACAACCUGAACGACAUUAACCAGAAGAAAAGCCAUGCUUCGAAGCUUAAUUGGAUGAUAAGGUCAAUAGCAUGUGCACAGGACAACGAAACGUUUGCACUUGGAGGGAUUGAGGGAAAGGCGGAGAUAUUCAACAUCAACUCCCCGGUGAAGAAGAUGAUUUUCAGAUGCCACAGAGUUGACACCAAAGUUUAUGCGGUUAAUUCGGUUUCGUUUCUGCCAACGAACCAGAACAUACUGGCAACAGCUGGAGGGGACGGAACGAUUGUGUUUUUUGAUUCGCAAGCGAGAAUGAAGAUUUUUACGCAGAACGAAAGCCAUCCAAUAACAUGUGGGAGGUUCAAUGCAACAGGAUCGUAUUAUGUAUAUGCCACGGGGAAUGACUGGUCCACAGGAUAUGCAACAACAUACAGGCCCACACAGCUGAAGGUUAUCCAGGUCAGUACCACAGGUGUAAAGAUAUGA